AUGACUAAUAAUACAUGUUCAUUACUUUCUGAAGGAGAAAAGUUUGCCAGAUAUGGGUUUCUGGCUAUUUUAGUCUUACCACUAACAUUUAUCUAUAUUCGAAUUCUUAUGGUCAUGACUAGAAAAUCAACAUCCAUUUAUACUGAUUCAUUUUAUUCAAUUUAUCGAAUUGAUGGAGUUGUGGUUGGUUUCAAAACUAAAAAAUACGUUUUUAUACGUAGUUAUUUCAGAGCGUGUCAUAUAACUUGAUAAGUUAUAGUUUGAUCAGAUUGAUUAUUUAUAUAACCCCAUAUUGUAAUUUUAUUAUGGACAUGUUUUCAACUCCAUCGUGGUUACUGACAUCAUAUUUUUUCUUUUAUUUGUUUUUUCAAUUCAUGAAAGUUUUAUCAACAGUUACUAUUUGUGCUAAUCGAUUAACAUCAGUUACAAUUCCAGUCAAACACACUUAUGUAAGUAUUGAUAUCAAUUAGCUUGAAGCGUAGAAUGGAUCAUUUUUCAGUUUUGGAAAACAUAUUUUUGGCAUAUUUUGUUCCUUCAAAUAUUGAUUUCUGUAGUUUGCUCUUUUCCCAUUUUACAAGGUCCAGCUUAUAUUAUUUUUCGAGAUGGAAAAGGAACUAUGACUAUUGUUCGUAAUUUUUCAUUUAUUGGUCCGAAUACAUUACGAAUAACACUUCUUCUUCCUUCGAUUGUUUUUGUUAUGGCAACAAAUAUUUUGAUAAUCAAAAAAUUACCAAAAAACAUGAGACAUGUUGAAAAUUCUAUGUCUAUUUCUACACUUUUCAUAUCUUUUGGAUUUAUUUUGAAUCUAGUUCCAGUUUUUGGAAUUUAUUUGAUAGAUCAAAAUUAUUUGAAUGAAAAUCCCACAUUCUCUGCAAUUUAUUCAAUCGUAUACUUAUUCUGCACUGAUUUCUACAUGAUUAGGUAAUUUAACUAUGAGUCAAAAAUCUUUUGAAAUAGAUGUUUUCUAGCGGCCCUAUAGUCUUAUUGGUUGUUGACAAAAAAUUACGAAAACGAACAACGACAUGGAAAAAAGUGGACUCGAAUAUGAUUUGGGUGCAAAAACAAACAAAUUCCAGAAUAAAUAAUUGA